GUGCAAUCCUACGGGUAGCCGCGCACGCUUCAUGUUACGCAUCCAACAAGGCGCAGAUACUCAGCCUUGAAACAUACACUGCAUUCUAUUCCAAUUACAUACAUAUAUCAAUUCAAAUGAUUGCUUAGUGGUAUUUACUAGGUAAUUCUACAGUAGCUUGGGGAAGGUUGGAGAUAGUCACCGACUUCCCAUGAUCUCCCCCUCCUCUCCCCUAUCCCCCUUACAUCACACGACCUCGUUACAACUGUCACCAUGCCGUCCAUCCUCAGCGAGGAGGAUAAGGAGACCGUUCGGCGGGUAGUACCAAAACAUACCAACAAGAUCCACGCCGUAGCUGUCGCGAGGUUGUACGUCGCAUACCCGAAUACUUCAAAAUGGACCUACACCGGCCUACAGGGCGCUAUCGUCCUCUCCAACGACUUGGUAGGACAUACGUACUGGUUAAAGCUGGUUGACGUAUCUCCCGCCAGUCGGGGUGUAAUAUGGGAUCAGGAAAUAUUUGAGAACUGGUCUUACAACCAGGACCGAACUUUCUUCCAUACCUUCGAACUCGAAGACUGCUUAGCAGGUUUAUCUUUCGUCGACGAGAAGGAAGCCAAACAAUUUAAAAAGAAGAUGGACGAUAGGGAGAAGAACGCCUCGAAGGCUACAAGGAAUACUCCUUUCGGUGGAGCAACGCAACCGGCGGCCAAGACUGGGUUCUUCGGGAGCUUUUUUGGGGGACAUAAGCACGCCUCAGCACCUACACCGCCCGAGUCACCUCGAAGUAGCGUCCCACCUUCUCACUCCCAUGGCAGAGUCUCUUCAGGAAGCGUUAAUGGUUUCCACAAGCCAGCCUCCAAAUUUGCCAAGCUGGAGGCAUAUGAUCCUAACUGGCGAGAUAAUUUUGGAAAUUUCCUAUCGGAGCAGGGCCUCACAGACGAGUUCAUUAGGGAAAACCAAGACUUUAUUGUUGAGUUCUUGAAGGAACAGGGUACUGGAAUAUCCGAAAAUGGGACAUCACGUACACCGGCACCACCACCGCCUCCUCCCCCGCCAGCCAGUAACUCGGCUUCUAACGGGUAUAAUGCAUACGGCCACGGUCGCCUACCCCCUCCGCCUCCGCCUCCACCUGCCGGAGGGGGUCGCCCAGAACAUAUAACAUCGUCGGGCUCGCGUCGUGGUGCUCCCCCACCCCCUCCCGCGCCUCGUAGGUCCGGGAAGAUAGAGCUUGUGCAUAGAGAGCCGACACCACCAGAAGAACCAGUACCACCUCGGCCACGGUUCAAUGCCCCUCCUCCGUUACCAGAUGCUGGUAAGUAUGCUCAUACCGAGAGCGCACCUCGAGCUCCACCCGGACCAGCACCUCCCCCAAGACCACCGCCGAGCGCACCGGCUCCACCCCCUUUACCUCAGUCAUUGGCACCGCCGCCACCUCCACCACUUCCUGGCUCUGGCUCUGGCCCUGGCGCACCUCCUCCGCCACCGCCGCCUCCUCUUCCUGGAGUCGCAGGAAUUCCGCCGCCGCCACCACCUCCACCACCUGGAGCUGGAAUACCAGCAGCACCGCCGCUACCGCCUCCCAAUCGCGACUCGGGCUAUUCGUCUGGAGUUCCACCUGGAGUCCCAGCUGCAGCCGUCGCCGGGGAUACUGGGCGCUCUGCAAUGCUUGAAAGCAUCCAAAAGGCCGGUGGAAUUGGAGCGCUCAAAAAGGUGGAUAGGACUCAAAUCAGAGAUAGGAGCGCGGCUACCGUUGGGGGAGGGGCAGAUACGGGACCGCACGGUAGUGGACUGCCACCCGCAGGUAUUGCCCCCGGAGGACCCGGAGGCGGAAUGGCCGAUGCUUUGGCUGCGGCAUUACAGAAGCGGAAGGAAAGAGUUCGUGAUAGCGACGAUGAGAAGAGUAAUGAUGAGUGGUAGAGCCAUAUUCACAAGAUUCAUCCAGGGGAAAUCAGAAGCUAUCCAAUUAUCAUGGGAUAGGCUAGCUUAUGGGUAUGUAGCCCUAAAGCGAUCGGAAGAGAAUGGAAGUGGGAAUGUCUACUGGGUCGCAGUCAGUGAGGCAACCCAGAAGAUGAAGAUUUCAUAAGUAGCGGAGCCUCACCGGUUGCUUAUCAAAUAGGUUGCGAGAGAACUAGACGGACCUGGCUAGGUAACUAGCCGUCCCUCUAUUUCAAGAAAAGAGCAAGGCCUUGAAAACUAUUUAUAUGCAAACAAAUAUGUACUACUAAAACCAAGCAUGCAAGGCGGGAAGGAGGGUGGUGUUCUGUUCACCAUAGCGGAACCGACUACUACACCCAAGUGAGGGCGGAGUAAAUAAGGUAGCGGUAAAUCGCUUAGCGGAUUGGGGGAGCAAAACUCAUAGGGACCUAGGGCCUGUUGUCGACGUCCAAAGAGCCUGCACGCAGAAUGAGGAUAUAGAAUAAGGGCACGAGUACGUCGGACAGGCCCAGGUAGUUGGGGUUGAUUGUUUAUCAACUAUUGACCUGGAGCUCUGAGCUUGGUAUAGUUUUGGAAUAGAAAGAGUUAGAGAAUUGGUAGCCUCAGUUAACUACAAAUCAUACAAAAAAGUAUCAGAUCAAAUAACUGCAUCAUGUCACCAAUAA